AUGCCAAUUAAACGGUUGUCCGCGGCUGAACUAAAGGAACGAAGAGAUAAAGGACUUUGCUACAAUUGUGAUGAGAAGUUUAGUCCUGGUCAUCAUUGCAAAAAAUUAUUUCUCAUUGAAGGUUGCUGGUCAAAUGAAGAAAAUGACGCCAAAGAUGUAGAUACUCAUGAAGUGGAAUUGGGUGAAGAAGUAUUUCCUGAAAUAUCUCUCCGUGCUAUUUAUGGUGGUCGAACUCCACAAAAAUGCGGGUGCACGGAAAAGUGGAAAGCUGGUGUUAAUCCCACUGGCUAUGAAAAGUUUGAGGUGUCAGUUGCCAACGGUGAAACUCUUACUAGUGCUGGGCUUUGCAAAGGGGGUUGUGAUGCUGUUUUGGGCGCACAAUGGUUGCGCACGUUAGGGCCAAUUGUUUGGGAUUUCUCUAAAUUGCAAAUGACAUUUAAUGUGGGUGGACAAGAUGUGGAACUCAAAGGGGUGCCACCUCCAACAAAAAAAAUUGAAAGUGAACGUGACGUUUGGCAAGAGGUGGAGGAAAAUAAAGAUGAAGCUCUUUCCCAAGUCUAUUCCCUCGAUCUCAAUUUUUCAAAUGUCAACCUUGAGGACAAGGUUUUUUCAAUGGGGGAAGGAAUGUCACGUGCUUAG